CACUAGAGCGCAACAAUCUAACAAUAAAAGUAGGCAAAGUAAAAACAUCGUAAACAACGUAGCUAUUUCGUGGAUUCAGAGAUAAACCACUAGAAUAAGUACAUUGAUUCAAUGAUUGUACGGCCUGACAGUGACACAUUCUGCAGACAUAGCCUGAACAUGCAAAGAUACACUCAGUGGCAGGGUUUUGCGGCACCUUCCCUGCAGUCGCUGCCAUGCCGGCUGACAUAUGGAGCCUCCGAACCUUUUGUAUUGUAACCGGUGGAGGCAAGGGCCUGGGUUACAGUAUAGUUGUAAACCUCGCUUCUAGAUUUGCUAGUGGCUCUGUGAUAGCGAUAGCCGGACGCACGGAGGCAAACCUGCUACGCACGCAGGAGUAUGUGGAGAGUCACUACCCUGAGAUCAGCGUGCAACCACUCGUAGUGGAUUUGUGCUUGAGGGAUACGUAUGAUGACAUCUUCCCCACAAUCUUCUCCCUGCAGAGUAUAAAUGCAGAGGAUUUUCAACAGGUCAUGCUGAUUCACAAUGCUGGAACACUGGGAGACAUAACACACACAGCAAUUCAGCAAGAUGACACCAGAGCAGUCAGGAGAAAUUUGGAUUUGAACAUUGGCUCGACCAUGCUUCUUACUGCUGCAUUCUUCAAGUUCUUCCCAGAUCGGACACGGUUCAAAACAUACGUGGUUAAUAUCUCAUCUCUUUGUGCCAUACAACCAGUGAAGUCAUUCAGCAUGUACUGCACAGGAAAGGCGGCGCGGGACAUGUUUUUCCGUGUAAUGGCGGAGGAGGAGCCGGAUGUGAGGGUGCUGAGCUACGCACCUGGUCCCCUGCUAACAUCGAUGACCACACACAUUAUAGACCACGUCGGUGACAAAGACACGAAGCAAAUGUUCAAAGACAUGAAGGAUAAUGAGCAGCUGCUGGACUGCGACACGUCCAUGAUGAAGUUCGUCUGCUUGCUCGAAGAUGACAAGUUUGAAUCCGGUGCUCAUGUUGACUACUAUGACGUUGAAAAGAUUUGCGACCAGUAGGGGGCACCACGUGCUUGCCAUUCACGACGCAUGCACGCGCACGGUAUUUUCCACGUUAUAAUUAGCCGUAUGUUUGAUACUAGGUGGAUGAACAGAUGAGGUAGGCUGGCAGGCAGAAUUGCUGACCAAUGAAGAUAGGAGAGGAUAGUGAUAAUGGGGAGGGAAAGUGGAGAUGGGUUCUCACCUACACUCAUUUCUUUUCUUUCUAAAAUUUAAUAAUCAUUGAGAGAGAGGAUGUGUGUGCUGUACUUACUAAAACUACUCUAGGCGAGUAAUAUUACAGUAUUUUUCAGCUGCUAUGGGUUGGUAACUGCAGAGUCAGUGUUUAUUUGCAUUGAAAUGUGCUGUGUGUGGGGGAGGUGGAUAUAUAUAUAUAUAUUUUAAUGAAAUUAUCAAAAUAGUUUUAAUUACACUGUGCAAUACUAGAUCAUAGUACACUGCUUGAUAUCCAAAAAUAAUGUGUUCUAAGGGUAGAAAGCAGUAGGUAUGUUGAUUAUAGAAUAUUAAUAUUUUAUUAUCAGUUUGACAGGUUUAUAAACUAGCACUGUAAGUGUAAGGUGGUGCCGCAAUGUAACACCCCACACAUUAAGACAUUUACAUGUUUCAUGGAUCAGCAAUGCUGCAUGUUUAUCUGCUCUUAUAAUGGGUAUCUAUAUACUAUUUAUGUUUAUAUACAUAUAAUGUAUGUAUAUUCUACGAAAUGUUAAAAUAUAAAGCUCAAACUAUUAAUUUUAACUUACUGUGCACCACCAUUCACAGUCUUAAAUGUAGAAGUUGAUGUGAUUAGUCCCUUCAACUUUGGUGUUAUUAACACCUAAAGUGGCAGCUACGUAUUUUUUAACUCUAAGUAAUAUAAUAAAUUAUAUGAACGUUU